UUCAACUAAACCGACAUUUUCUGCUCCACUUGUUGUCAGUUGGACUUCUUGCUCUCUGUAUCUAUCCAUCCAUCCACCCUGUCUGCCUCUGUCCCACAUCUCUGCCUGGCUGAGUGGAAACUACUUUUACAUUUGAUGGCUUUGGAAGUGACCUUGGUAUUCUUGGAAGAAUUCUUAGGAUAUAAUUCUGUCAGAAGGAGGAAUUCCAACCAGGUGACUUGCCCCCUGCUGUAGCGACCAGGCCAGGGGAGAGGAGGAGUUGUGGAUCCAGGAGCGGACCAUGGAGCAGUGUGAAACUGCUGCGAGCCCCAGCAUAGAUCACCCAUGGAAGGCAGCGACAAUAAUGAGGAAGGCCUGGAUCCUGAGCAGAGACUCCUGGCAGGGCCUCUCUGAGAGCCAGGACACCCAGGAUCUGGAGGGUUGCAGCGAGAAGACACUGUGUCCAGAUCCCACUAUGGAGGAGAAGACAGCCCCGGCCGAGGAGCCUGGGCCCGUCCCUAGGAAGAUUGCGAGCUGGCUCAAGGACUGCAGGACUCCUCUUGGGGCCUCUCUGGAUGAACAGAGCAGCACUCAGUCCAAGGGAGUGCUAAAGAAUGGCUGCAGCUUUGAAGACUACUUUUCUCUGGGAGCUGAGGCAAACCACCUUCAGCCCAACGGUGCCAAAGCAGAGACACCCUGCUAUGGCAUAUGUGCAAAGGACAAGAGGAGCCAGUUCCUACAGAACAGGAGUAUGAACUCAAUAGGCUCAGGGAAGAGCAGCACCAGUGUAUCCAGUGUGUCUGAGUUGUUGGACCUAUAUGAAGAGGAUCCAGAAGAGAUCCUGUAUAACCUGGGGUUUGGCCGGGAGGAGCUGGAUAUCGCCUCAAAGAUCCCCUUGCGCUUCUUUAACAGCCCCUCUUGUGCUAAGGGCAUCGAUCUCAAGAUGUACCUGGAAGCACAGCUACAACGCACAGAGAUGGAAAAACCCAACUAUGCCCUGACAAGUCGUUUCCGUCAGAUCGCGGUCCUGACCACAGUGGCCAACGAAUUAUUCCAUCUCUACUCCCAGGUGUCGGGCCAGCCCGUCCAAAAGAUUUGCAGCCUGGAUGGGGAACCCCUUUCCAUCGUCACUCCUUCUCCUCUGACGAAGAACAACUCAGCCCUGAACGCAGCCAAGAUCCUAAAGAAGACCAUCACCAAGCAUAACCUGUUGGGUGGGGCAGCAGAGGAAGUCUCUCAUAGCCCCACAGCCCUGUCUACUACCACAGAGAAACAAGCAGACCAAUUGAGUCCAGGUACAGGGGACAGCACCAUCACUACUGACUCCGGCCACAAGGGGGAGCUCAAGCAGAAGGCCUUCAUGAAGAAGGAAUCUACUUCUCCGGCGAUGUUGACUGAGGACAGCCACUCUAGAGGCAGCGCUGAAGCCCCCCUGAGCAUCAACGGACACCACGCUGGAGUGAAUGGAAACAGUCCUAAGCUAAAUGGAAAUAGCCUGGCAUUGACAGGAAGUGGAGAAAAUCACAUUUUGUUCACUGUCAGUGUUGUCCCUGAGGAGGCCCAGGAGGGUGACCUGAGCCUGUGCAGCGAGGCUGACGUGGAGAAAGAGCACCAGGAAAUCCAUCAGAAGGGCCAGAGGGCCAUCCGAUCAGCCCCAGACGAGGACCCUAACUACAGCCUGAUGCACAACGCUCACAUCACCCACCACCACACGCAGGCCAAGGAUUCCUUUGAGAUGGAAGAGGUCCAGAGUAAUAAGAAUGAAGCUCUACUUGGAACUUGCAGCCCCUCUAGAGCAGGCAGUGAACAACAACUGAGAACAACCAGCCAGCAGUCAGACAGUAGUGGUUUUGCAGAGGGCUCCUCUACUGAUGGCUCAGCUAACAAUUUAAAGAUACAGGAGAGCGCUGACAGCUGUGACUGUGAGACUAUGCUGAUGUCCUAUGCUGGGGAGGUGACCACUCCUCUAGCCCUUGAACACCCUGCCUUAGAGAGGCUGCAGUUAAAGAAGGAACAGGAGGAGGAGGAUGUGCAGAUACCUUCUGUCCUACAGAAACACCUUGAGGAGGACUGGAGGGGGAGCAAGAGCCCUAUUGGGGAGGAAGAGCAGCGGCAGGAGGUGCCACAGUACACCUUCCACCAGUUACCUAAACCAGAAGAUAGAGGAGUGGCCAAAGACUCGGAGCAGGACCAGCAGCAUAGCACUGCUGAGGAAGCUGUUUCUUAUCCUGCCUCUGAGACUCCUCAGUCAACUCCUGAGACUUGCCAUACUGUUGAGGCUGAUCCUGACACGGCUACAGUGCCUGGUCCUACAGAAGACCAUGGCUCCAUCCUGACCCCUGACUGCAGCUCCUCUGGUGCCCCAGCCAGGGAGGGUGUGACUGACAGGGUGGAGAUGGAUGCCAGGCUCUCCAGCCCUAGACCCAGCUGCCCCAUCUUCAGUGCCUCACCCAGGGUCCACGGGGCCCUCUACAGGGCCCAGCAGAGGGCCUUGUCCCCAGGCCUCCAGGGCCCCUGCAUGGAGGGGAAGGUGAGGGAUUUGUUCAGGAGAAGAGUCCCCCUGACGAGGUCCCGAUCCCUGCCUACCUCCCUCAGCCCCUCCUGUGCGGUCUCCUCUGUCAGGAUCCAGUUUGGCCAGGGGACAGUCAGGCACUGCACUCGGACGGUCUUUUCCUACCGAUACGCCCCAGAAGUGGAGGAGGAGGAGGUGCAGGUGCAGGUGGAGGAGGAGGUGCAGGUGGAGGAGGAGGAGGAGGUGCAGGUGGAGGAGGAGGAGGUGCAGGUGGAGGAGGAGGAGGUGCAGGUGGAGGAGGUGCAGGUGGAGGAAGUGGAGGUGCAGGUGGAGGAGGUGGAGUCCAUUGUGGAAGAGGAGGUUCCGGAGGAGGAGUUUCAGAGCAGAGGCAGCUUUUGCUCUAUCUUAAUUAUCAACAGAGAGGCCGAGCCAUCUCAUGGCCCCAGGCUACAGAGAGAUGGGGAGCUGAGAAAGCUUCAAGGCAGAGUUCCCCCUUCCCCCCUCGCCAUCCCCCGCCACCUGACCCUCUCAACCAUCUCACUGCACAGCCACAGCCCCCCUCCUGAGUGGGGAGAGAGACCUCUGGUGGAGCACCACCGUGCCUGGAGCACCUGUAGCGUACCUAACCUCACCCAACGUAACCUGGCACAGCAUAACCACCCUAACCUGAACCACUUCAAUAACCCUAACCUCACCCAGUACAGCAACCCUAACUUAAACCUCACCCAGCACAGCAACCCUAACUUAAACCUCACCCAGCACAGCAACCCUAACUUAAACCUCACUCAGCACAGCAACCCUAACUUAAACCUCACCCAGCACAGCAACCCUAACUUAAAUCUCAACCAGCACAGCAACCCAGAUUUCAACCUCACCCAGCACAGCAAACCUAACCUGGCGCACUUCAAUUACCCUAACCUCACCCAACACAGCAACCCUAACUCUACCCUCACACAACACAACCUAGCCCAACACAAUAACCCCAACCUCCCACAGCACACAGCCCCCAACUUACCCCAUCAUAUGGCCCCUAACCAUCCUUACCAGAGUCCUCCUUACACUAACAACACAGCCCCCAACUUACCCCAUCAUAUGGCCCCUAACCAUCCUUACCAGAGUCCUCCUUACACUAACAACAUGGGCAGCACCCUUCCACACAACUUCCCGCACAGCACACACUACCCCUUUUCCCCGUACAGCUCCUCCUAUAAUACCCCGCCCCAUAGCGACCCUUUCAGUUCACCUUACUAUAACUACCACGGUAACCCAUAUAGUGGGUCCUGCAGCUACCUUCAUAGCAACAAUCAUUAUACUGCCCAUAGCUCUUACUCUAACCCAUCACACACACCUUCCAAACUGCCUCCACAUCUCUCUACUGCCCCCUAUGGAGAACCAUACAGUACUCCAUUCCCUGGCCACCAUCAUCUGUUUCCUUACCCCCAUGGAGUUGACCCUAUGGGGGCAGCCCCUAAUUCCCACCCUCCACCAGCCCUGUCUACCACUGAGAUGCAGCUCAGACGGGUCCUUCAUGACAUCAGAGGAAGUGUACAGAACUUGGCUCAGAAUUCAUCAGAAUGCAGAGCAGAUGUUUUCAAACGUCAGACAUCUGCCCAGCCACUGUUUGAGACCUCUCUCCAGAAGGAGCUGCAGGCUAAGAGGAGGAGUCUGAGUGUGUUCCGGACACAGAUGAUGGAUCUGGAAGUGUCCCUGAUGAAACAACAGGCGUUAGUCUACCAGCACCUCAGUCACGACGAGAGGCAGGAGGCGGAGCAGCUGCAGGGCCUGCGGUCAGCAGUGAGACAAGAGCUGAAGGAACUAGAGCUCCAGCUCGAGGAUCGGCUGCUGACCUUGAACGAACAGCUCCGCUCUGCCAGCCACUGCAGUCUCUACCGCCACCGCAUGAGCGGUCACAGCAUGUACAGCCUGUCUAACAGUUCUGCUCUGAGAGCUAUGGAGCCGAUGUUGAACCUGCUGAAAGAACCGCUGUACCUGCAGACAGAGCUGGGCUACGAGGGAUGGGCAGAGAGCAGACCAAGCAUGGCACCCACUCCGAGCUCAGGCCGCUCCUCCAGAUCAGCCAGUCCAAUGAGGUCCUCUAGAUGUCACCCAGACCCCUCCCACACCCCAGAGCUGCCCCUCCCUGGUCCCCAGAAGACAGAGGUGUAUCGAGCCUCCAUCUCCCUCACCCCAGCCCCCCCUCCACGGCCUGGUGCCUCCACAGGGUUCUCCCAGGGCCAGAUCAGUCCUCUAGAGGCCCAGGACCAUGCCAUAGACCAGGCACUGACAGGAGAGCAACAUCCAGAGGAUCGAGGGCAAAGAGAGGAAGAGGGCAGAAGAGGAAGAGGGGUAGCUGUAGACCCUCACCUGCUAGAGGAGAGGGGUAGGGAGGGAGGAAGAGGAGGAAGAUUAAUUGUAGGAAGGGCAAACAACCCCCAGCUACAGCAGCUCAUCAAGGAGAUCAAAGAGAGCCUUGCUGAUGAGAUCCGACAGGAGAUGGCCAAUGAGCUCCUGGCGGCCGUAUCUCCACGACGAUCACCUGUGUUGGCCAGAGAAUACCCCCUGUUAGACUGUUGACAGGUCCUACAUCUGAGUUGAAGAUAACCACUGGUAAAGUCUACCCAUUCUACUCAACCUGAACACUGGUGAAGCCAUACACUGAACAGCCCAACAACCCUUUUACCACUGUUUCUACUAUUUCCAGAGAAUUUGAUGAUGGCAGAUACCUUAACACUGUGUUUUCAACCAUAUAGGUAGAGUUUUUUUAUUUCAAUGGUUUCUUCUCCUCAGUAGUCUGCUGACUGACAGAUACACUGGGGCCUCAUUUAUAACCGUUGAGUAAAUUUCACACUAAAUAUCUGAAUAUCUGCAUGUGCCAUUUCUGAAAAGACUGCAUACAUAGAAAAAUAGAGAUUUAUAAACUUGGCAUACGUAUUUUUACUGUUAUAAAUCACACCCGUCCUGAAACUGUGAGUGAAAGAGCAUCAGUACUCUGUCUGAAAAACGCCCAUUUACCUUUUAUGGUGACAAUAAUGCCCUUAUUCGCUGUAUCCUUUCGAAGUAUUUGAGCAGUUUUCUAAAGGAAAUAGCAAUAGUGAACUUGAUCAAAUGUCUUUGGAGGUGAUUGCAGAAUGUUACACUUUUGCAAUGACCUUUGCUGUAGGCCUAGGCUAUCUGAUAGACAAAAAGUUCAUGAAAGACAACAACUAUUGCAAAUUGCUGUUGAGCUGUAAGCAGACCGUUUUAAUUUAAUUAGGCCUAAUGUUUUGCAAUGACUUUUUCUCUGAACGGUGCUACACUGCCCUCAAAUUCUGAAACAUUCUCUACUUACAGUGGUAGACAUUCACACUACAAUGCACCUGUUCACCUGGUAAAUUUUAAUUUAGUUAUAAAUUAAAAUAGCUUAUCUAUAAGGCUUAAUUAAAUGAGAGAUGCGCAUGGUCAUUUUUUUGUAGGCUAUGGUUACUUCAGAAAUAUGGACCAAUAAUGUCCAGAAAAGGUGAAGAAUUUAUUCUGCAAUAGUUAUGAAAAGAUGUAUUAUGUGUAUAAAUGCAAUAUUGUCUACUCAAGAAAUGUUAAAUUACAGUAUUCAGAUGUUGGCUACAGAAGUAACCUGCAACCCAUCUGUUCCACCAUUAAUACUACUGCGCUAUGGAUCGGAUGGCAUAGAGCAAAAUACUUGAAAUAGCUUAUCUAUUUACUACUGUGAAGUGGGUCCAAUUAAAGCAGAUAUGAGAUUAAUGCUAUUCCUGUUAUUGCCCGAUAUAGGCUACCUCGUGAGUAUGACACCAUCACAGAAAAGGUGAGGAAUUUAUUAUGCAAUGAUCAUGGAAAUAAAUAAUAACUAGUAGCCAGGGAUAUAGAUGAGUGUCUAAUUAUUUUAAAAUGCAAAGAUACACUAAAUAUAUUUUCUCUUUACUCACUAAUGGAAAAUGAUUGCAUCUCGUUAUUAACCUGUUUAUUGUUAUGCAAAAGCGUGUCCAUAUCCUCCAUUUGCACAAAAUAUAAAUGUACUUGCCUGCUUGCAAUACAAUAUUUCAACCACUAGAAUCUGCAUAAGCAUUGUCUGAAGUCUGCGAGAAGGUGAGCACGUUUUUACAUCAAGUUCAGUUUUUAUAAAUGCCAUCUUUUGUGUGAAAAUUGGCACACACAUUUUUUGCAAUUUAUUGUGUACCUGCCAAAGGUUUAUAAAUGAGUUCCCUUGUAUCUUAAGACCUGUAUGCUGUGUGCCUUGGAGACACUAAUGCUGCUGUAUACUUGCUGUUAUAGUGAACUGUCUUGUUCUCUGUCUUAACCGUCCUAUUUCAAACACUCAGAAUGACUAACUACUGCAUUACUCAUGUGCUGUCGACAGGGGUGUAAUUGGAGGGGGAACUAGAGUUCGCAAAGUAACUUAAACACAUUUUGUACAUGUUUAAAUUAUUUUAACUGCCCAGUGUUUCCAGAUAUCUGUGAAACAUGACCUAUAAUUACUUACAAUAUGAGCUAAAUAGUUUUCCUUCUAUUUUUUUUAUUAAGUGUUAAAAAGCUGUUUUUCUGUGUUGGAAUGUUAUGGGUGUACCCCAACAAAAGAAUGGUGUGGGUAUAUACCCGGUCAUUAAAAAUAUUAAUGCUAGUAGACCGCUGAUUGGCUAUCUCCUCCUCCUCAUGGAGAUGACAUAAUGUUCUAUGAGGAAAUGGCAAGCAUUUUUGUUUUUGUUUUUUCAAUUAAUGCUGGCAACAUAUGAGCAUAGGAAUAGUCAACAAUUUUGGGGGGAUAGAAGUUAACAGAAUAUAAACUUUUAAAAGUUCUGUUUUCACUGGGUCGUUACUUUACGGUAAAUUCUAGGAUCAGUAAGUUUCCAGAGUGACUUUUCUCCAAUUCCAUCUCUGGUUGUUGGUGACAUUGUUAUUAUGUUAUGAUAUGAUCCUGAUGUUGUGUAUGGCUUGUAUUUAAGCACAUAAAUGUGGAUCAGGGUGCGUCUCUUGUCCUAAAGGUGAAAAAUAGAGUUAGAUGAUUAUGGUUGUAUGGGAAUUUAGUGUCAGCUGUAAAUUACCAUGCCCUCCUCUUCCAAUGCCUUCUCUAUGAGGAACUAAUCAGACCUGGUUUCAAAUACUAUUUGAAGUCUUUAAAAUACUUUGAUUGUUUGCUCAGCUUGCCUGUAGUGCCAGAUGGGCAGGGUUGACCGUUUUGGGACUAUUCUAAUGGCUCAUUAAGCCAGGCAAGGUCAGAUAAAGUAUUUGAACCCAGGUCUGGAACUAACUAUGCAAUACAUUUCACUGUCUCUGAACUUGAAAAUGUCAUUAGUAGAAAGACUAUAUCGAGCUCUAUCAGACAAGAUGCUGUUAAUUCUACUGUGUUUCUACUCUGCAGUUCAGGCCACCUGUCUGUCUCUAUUACCCCUUUAAAGAAAAUAUCUCAGGACAAAUACAUUUAGUGGUUUUUAAUGUCUAUUUAAGAUAAGAAAUACAGGUAUGAAUUUGUUUGUUUUUAAUGUGAGACACUAACAAAAACACACAUCUGGGUCGUAUUCAUUAGGCACCAAACAGAGGAAAAUUGAUUGCAUCGUGCAGGGACUAAAUUUGAUUUGAUUUUGACUUACUUUCUGUAGAAUCUUUAAAAAUAAUGUUUUCAAUUGUUACCCUAAUGAACACAACCCAGGACAAAGGUGUGAAAUGAGUAUAAUGCAUACAUUUAAGUGGUGCUUUUUAAAAGCAGUAGUUGAUGCAACCCAAUUAAACUUGUCGUUUCUGGUUUGGACAAAUUAUGUACAUAAUGUUUGUUAAAAUUAAAUAUUGGUGCACCUAAAACAUUGAAGGAAUGCAAAAGGGACUAAUUUGGUGGAAUGACCCACUUACUACAUAGCUGUAGAUGAUCUGUACUUACCUGGAGCUUACUUGUACUUACUUCAAGCACAGACGAACAUGCAACUUAUAACUUCUCUUUUCCCCUAUAUGCUGAACUGUGCAUCACCCCUGAGGUGGCACCCAGUCGCUUGUCCGGCCCGCUCCACACCUCCAGCCCCUGCCUCUAAUUCUCUGGCAUUUCCUCCAGAGGUAUUAGGUGUUCCUAGGUCGUACGUGUUUAGAGGCACAGAAUGAUCCCUGAGCAUAAAUGGGCACCAUUGACGGCAAGGCGAAAACACACUGGUUGCGUCUCAAAUGGCAUCCUAUUCCCUACAUAGUGCACUACUUUUAACCAGGGUCUAAAGUAGUGCAGUAGGGAAUAAAGUGCCAUUUGAGACACAGACCUGCCCCAACCAUGGGCACUGGGACUGUGGGCCUGUUUGUGUGCCACUCAGUUUGACUUGGUGUGGUGUUAACCUCAGCAACACAGACCUGUUAUUAUUACUUUUCUCUUAAGCGCUCCUUUAUAUUGUUUAUUAUGGUUUCUCUGUGUACAGCACAUUGACACAUUGUGAACAUUACAUCAGCAUACUGUGUUUUGUCUUCUCAUUCUAGCUUGGAUCAUCUGCCAUUCCUAGACAGAUGCCAGACACAGAGAAAUGGGUCAUUUAUGGUUAUUUAUGGUUCAUCAAAGUCCUCAUUGAGGACUGCAUGUCAGAAUGUUGUUGUUUUGCCACUUCACUUAAAUUGAAGUUUUGGAGACUACUACAUCAUCCACAAAUAAACAUGUUAUUUAUUUGUAUGUAUUUGAACAUUGUGGUUACAUUAAUGAUGAAUGAAAUCAAAUAAAUCUUAUUCAUGAA